AUGUCCCAAUUCUUAUAACCCACAAUCCUCCUAUUGAGAGAAGGCACUGACACAUCUCAAGGAAGAGCACAAAUUGUCUCCAAUAUUAAUGCAGUCUAAGCUGUGGCUGAUGUGGUCAAGAGCACCCUGGGACCCAGAGGAAUGGAUAAAAUGAUUUAGACUGGCCCUAAAGUUACUAUUUCCAAUGAUGGAGCAACAAUUCUGAAUUUAUUAGAAGUUGUGCAUCCUGCUGCAAGAGUUUUAGUAGACAUUGCCAAAUCCUAAGAUGAUGAGGUUGGUGAUGGUACAACUUCUACUACUCUUUUGGCAGCUGAAUUACUUAAGGAGGCCAAGCCAUUCAUAGAGGAAGGAAUCCAUCCAUAAAUAGUUAUUUAAGGAUAUAGAAAGGCUUUGGAGUUGGCAUUAGAAAAAUUAGAGGGGUUUUCAAUUAAUAUUGCCAAGGAUUCUGCACAAGACAAAAGGGAUACCUUAUUAAAAUGUGCUUAAACAGCUUUGAAUUCCAAAUUAUUAGCUAACACAAAGCACUUUUUUAGUGAAUUGGUUGUUUCAGCAGUUGAAAAAUUAGAUCCUAAUAUAUUGGAUAGAGAUUUGAUAGGAAUAAAGAAUGUGACUGGAGGUAGUGUGACUGAUUCAUUUUUGGUUGAUGGAGUAGCAUUUAAGAAAACAUUCUCUUAUGCUGGAUUUGAACAAUAACCAAAGAGAUUUGAGAAUCCAAAGAUCUGUCUAUUGAAUCUAGAAUUAGAAUUGAAGAGUGAGAAGGAGAAUGCUGAAAUCAGAAUUGAGAAACCUGAAGAGUAUUAAUCCAUAGUAGAUGCUGAAUGGGCUUUAAUAUAUGAGAAAUUAGAAAUUAUUGUUAAAGCUGGUGCAUAGAUUGUGUUAUCAAAAUUACCCAUUGGAGAUUUGGCCACACAAUAUUUUGCAGAUAGAAAUAUCUUUUGUGCUGGUAGAGUUGCUCAAGAGGAUUUGUUAAGAGUACAAAAAGCAACUGGUGGUUAAGUAUAAACAACUGUUAAUGGAUUAAAUCCAGAGACCUUUGGAACAUGUGGUUUGUUUGAAGAAGUUUAGGUUGGUGCUGAAAGAUAUAAUUUAUUUAAAAAUUGUCCUUAAUCAAGAACUGCUACUAUUGUUUUGAGAGGUGGAGCAGAACAAUUUAUUCAAGAAGCAGAAAGAUCUUUGAAUGAUGCAAUCAUGAUUGUGAGAAGAUGUUUCAAAGCAAAUAAAAUAGUAGCUGGAGGUGGUGCAAUUGAAUUAGAAAUUUCAAGAUUUCUAAGACAUUAUGCUAGAUCAGUCACAGGAAAGACAUAAUACAUAGUCAAUUCCUAUGCAAAAGCACUUGAAGUCAUUCCCAGAACAAUUGCUGAAAAUGCUGGUUUGAAUUCAAUUGAAAUCAUGAAUAAAUUGAGAUAAAAACAUGCAUAAGGUGAUGAAGAAGGUAGAUGGUAUGGUGUUGACAUUAAUGGUGCAUCUGGAGUUUGUGAUACACAUUCAUCAUUUGUAUGGGAGCCAACCUUAGUCAAAAGAAAUGCUCUGUGUUCUGCUACUGAAGCUGCUUGUGCGAUUCUCUCUAUUGAUGAGACAGUUAAGAAUCCUAAAUCAGAUUAGGAUACCAAAAUGAAGCCUAAAGGACAACCAGGAAGACCACCUAUGGGUAUGAGAAGAUGA